UUUGUCUUCUGCUGUGUGUAAAACCUGUGUUGUUGUUUCGGAAAUGUCACUAAAUCAUUUUAGGAAUUUUCAUUGUUGUAAAUCUCUGAGUGCUUCUUUUAAAUCCCCCUCUAGUCACUUGAAGGAAUUUUUGUUUGGGCAAAAGAUUAGAAAAUAUGAGGUCGUGAGGCCCGGCAAUGUUACACUGCAGAAACGAAUCGUGCCAUCGCACAUAAGGAAACCCUCGUACUUCGCCACAGGAAUUCCUACUUCCGUUCCCUUUCAGAUCCCUGAAGCAAAAGACCAAUCUGCCAUUGAAGGAGUGCGCCAUGCUUCUUUCCUUGCCAAAAGGGUUCUAGAAGAAGUUGGGAAGGAGGCAAAGGUCGGAGUGACCACUGACGAACUUGAUGCUUUCGCGCAUCAUCUUAUCAUAGAUGCUGAUGCAUACCCCUCUCCUUUGAAUUACAAAGGAUUUCCAAAAUCAAUUUGUACUUCUGUGAAUAAUGUUUGCUGCCAUGGUAUCCCUGAUGACAGACCUCUAGAAGAUGGGGAUAUUGUGAACAUUGAUGUCACAGUUUAUCUUGGAGGCUAUCAUGGAGACUGCUCAAAAACUUUUUUGGUUGGAACUGUUGAUGAAGAGGGAAAAAAACUUGUAGAAGUGAGUGAACUGUGCCUUUCGAAAGCCAUAGAAGCUUGCGGACCCAAUGUUCCUUUUAGCAUUAUUGGAAGUAUGACUGAGGAGACUGCUAUAAACAACGGUUUUAUGGUUUUUCCUGCGAUAUUAGGUCAUGGCAUUGGCUCUUAUUUCCAUGGUCCACCAGAAAUUUAUCAUGUUUGUAACAGUUAUGGGGGAAAGAUGAAGCCUGGAAAUACUUUUACCAUUGAGCCAGCCAUCACUUCUGGAGGACAGCAGUUGGAAAUCCUAGAAGAUGGAUGGACAGUUGUGACCGCCGACUGCGCUAGAUCUGCUCAGUGCGAACAUACUGUGCUUAUCACUGAUGUUGGAGUAGAAGUGCUAACAGAACUGCAUUAAAUAAGUAACACUUUGUCCUUUUUACGUCUUCUGUGCUACAUAGGCUUUUGUGAUGUGAUGAACUGAACUGUAUUCUUUUGUUGUUUUUUCCUCCUCCUUGAGGAAGAUGAAUGAGAUAGAUCUCUCUCUCUCUCUCUUUAUAAAUAUAUACUGUUGCCUUGUUGAUGAAUAAUUACAUCUCUCAGUACUGAGUA